AAACAACACUGGAUACUUAUUUCUCAUCCUGAUUAUAAAAUAUAAGUACCAUCGAUAAGAUAAACUAAUAAAAAGACAAUAAAUGAAAGUACUUCGUUGCAUAAGUUUAGGGCAUUAAAUCCAUUCAUCGGGAAAACAAAAACAAGAAAACAAGAUGUUAAAGUUUUCCGUAAUUUUAGGUCUUUUGACAGUAUCAUUGGCGCUUCCUAGUACUCACAAUGAAGUUUAUAAACUGGGAAAUACUAAUCAGGCGCUUAAGAUCAUUAAUGGAAACCCAGCUAAACCACAUCAAUUUCCCUAUCAGGUAGGAAUGUACGUGUAUACUUCUUCCAGAUCCGAUUUCUGUGGAGGUUCGCUUAUAUCUCCUAACUAUGUUCUUACUGCAGCUCAUUGCGUUGACAAAGCUGUGAGGGUAAAUAUGGUAUUUGGUGCUCACAACAUAACAGAUCCCGAAGAAAAAUCCCAAGUUAGGUUAUCUUCGACAAGUUUUAUUGUUCACGAAGGAUGGGAUGGAGAUAACAUUAACAAAAACGAUAUAGCACUUAUCAAAUUACCAUCACCUGUUCAAACUUCGAAAGUAAUCAAAACUGUAUCUAUCGCUGCAGGCACUAAUAAAUAUGUGAACUCUGUUGGUAAUGUAGCCGGUUGGGGAUUGACCAAAAAUGAUCAAACAGUAGUGACACCCGUUUUAAGAUAUAUAAGUCCUUCUAUUUUAAGUAAUGACGACUGUAAAAAAGUGGAUCAAGAUUAUGAAGCUGUUAUUUUAGACACUCUUUUAUGCAGCAAUCCGGGAUCUCAUAAGCAGGGAACGUGUCAAGGUGACUCUGGUGGCCCUCUAGUUGUGAAUGGUGUACAGAUCGGUAUUGUGUCCUUUGGUUCUACCGAUUGUGAAGAAGGAAAACCAUCUAUAUUCACAAGAGUAACAGAAUAUCAUGACUGGAUUGCAAAACAUUCUGACGUUAAAUUUUAAAUCUUGAUCAAGUAAUUCUUUGUUAAUUAUUUUAAAAAUAACAAUAAAGCACACUCAAAGUA